AAGGGGGCGUGGUCGAGAGGCGAGUGUUCAAGUUAAAAAAGUCAAAAAGUCGCGCAGAACUCCCAGGUGCAACGGAGACCCGCGACACCCGAUAAACUGGACGUCCACCGUGACGCCGGAGGAGCUCAAGCCUCCUCUGUGCUCCUCGGCGCGGACCAUGCGGCGGAAAGCAUGGGGGAGAAGCCAAGAGUUUCUCCGUUCAAGAACUUUGUGGCCGGCGGGGUCGGCGGAGCGUGUCUGCUGCUAGCCGGACACCCCCUGGACACCAUCAAGGUGAGACUACAGACUCAGCCCAAAGCCUCCUCGCUCUCUAGCUACGUCAUUUACACGGGAACCUUUGACUGCUUUCGUAAGACCAUCUCCAAAGAGGGGAUCCUGGGCCUGUAUAAAGGGAUGGGUGCUCCACUGGUGAGUGUGGCUCCCAUGAUGGCCAUCAGUUUCUUUGGCUUUGGGUUGGGGAAACAGCUCCAGCAGACGGACCCCAGUCAAGAGCUAACGCACCCUCAGAUAUUCCUGUCAGGAUGUCUGGCCGGGGUCUUCACAACAGUGAUUGUGGCUCCGGCAGAGAGGAUUAAAUGCCUACUGCAGGUGCCGACUGGUGGUGGCACGUCCAAAUAUUCGGGUCCUCUUGACUGUGCCACACGUCUCUACAAGGAACAGGGCAUCCGGAGCCUCUACAAAGGGACACUGUUGACACUCAUCAGAGAUGUGCCUUCCAAUGGUCUCUACUUUCUGACGUAUGAAUAUCUGAAAAACCUCUUGACUCCAGAAGGUCAAAGUGUUUCUCAGCUUGGCGCCGCCUCCAUCCUGUUCGCUGGCGGCGUGGCUGGACUCUUGAAUUGGACCAUUGCGCUACCCCCGGAUGUCCUCAAGUCCAAUUUUCAGACAGCCAUAGACGGCAAGUACAGAGGUCUGGUGGACGUCUUGAGAACGCUGCUACGAGAAGAAGGAGCAAAAGCGCUCUACAAAGGCUUCAUGGCCGUGUUCCUCCGAGCCUUUCCCGCCAAUGCUGCAUGUUUCUUGGGCUUUGAAGUGGCCUUAAAGGGUUUGAACUGGCUGGCACCCAGCUGGUGAACCUGCGAGCUUCUGUGGCCAACAAAGUGCUGGGGCCGUGCUUCUGUGGAAUUUUCCUUCCAUCACAUUCAUAUGGAGCCCCAUACAUGACAUGGGGAGAAACUAUUUAAAAUUGUUUCCAAAAUAUAGAUACAAUGUCUACACAAAAUGCUAAUUUGUGGUCACAGAGGUGUCCAAGUUGUUCACGGGAAUGAUAUUAAAGCCACAAAUUAUUAUUUCAUGGCCAUGAAUAUGCAUUUUGUGCACGUGUUAGCGGUAUUGUUGCUGCAAUUUAUUUUUCUUUUACCCAUGUGAAGUGUGGGGCUGUCUACAUUUAUUCCUUUUUUGUUUGACUUUGUCGCAUGUUUAAAAAAAAAAAAAAACAAUCGGUGCUGAUUUAUCGACCAUGAUAGAUGUACAUGUGGACUUGUAUUGUUUCUUCUGAAACUUUUUCAAGUGCUUGUAUGUUUUUUUAACUGUUUUCAGUAAAGCUUUUU